UGACGUUUUGGACUCAGUGAAGGUAGGGUGUAAGUUCCCGCUCCGCCGCUCCUUCGUCUGUGAAAGUUGAACGCUUCUUUGGUCUGUCACGAGGAAAGGAGAAAAUCUACUUUCCAUCUUGUUUUGGAGCGGGAGGAGCGACGGACAGAAUCAGUGAAGAGAAAACGACAAGAAAAGAUAAGAACAACAACCAGUGAAUAAACAGUGAAGUGAAAGAUAAAAAAAAAUGAAAUGGAAAAUAAAGAAACAAAAUACUGAAGAAAAAAGGUGAAAAAAAUCAAACUCAAACAAUUAAAAACUAAAAAAAAAAAAAAAAGUGGUGAAAGAAAAUUGUGAGAAAAAUGAACGAAAGAAGUGAACUGAAGUGAAAAUAUUUGGCGUAAGUGAAGCAGAGAGAGAGAGAGAGAGAGAGAGAGAGAGAGAGAGAGAGAGAGAGAGAGAGAGAGAGAGAGAGAGAGAUAACGUGUUUUCUCUCUCCCUCCAAGUGACAAGGUUUAUGUUCACGCGGUAAUAAUAAACAAAGAAAUAUAGAGAAAGCAGAGAAAGAAGAAAGAAGAGAAGAAAAAAAUGGCGGAGCAGCAGGACUGGCUAAGGAUUGAUGUUAGGCCUGGUUGGGGCUCCUGCUCCUCACUGCUGUCUGCCUGUCUGUUACUGCUCAAACCAGGGAUGGGACGUGUCGUGUGUGUGUCUGGGGGACUGACUGGCUGCUCUGGGGUGUUAGGUGACGAUGAGGUCCUACCGAGGAGUGGCGGGGGAGGAGGAGGAGAGGAGGGGAGGCUGAGGGAGGCACGGCUCUGAUGGCACCCUCACCCUUACCCUUAAAACAGAAGCCCCAGGUACACCCACACCCCUACACCAAGCCACACCCCUACACCAAGCCACACCUACACCCAACACACCUUUCAUAAGUAACACACCCAACACACCCACGCACACAAGUCCACCCACACACCUCCACCAUGUCCACCACCACCACCUCCCUUACCUCCACGCCCCCCAGCAGCACCCCCCACGACCCCUACACGGAGAUAGAGCUUUACCUGCGACGUGCCCAGGAGGAAAUCAGCGCUGUUUUUGGCGAUGCUGAGGUAACCCCGGUCACCCCGCCCACACCCACGCCCAUCCCCACGCCCACCUCCGCCAGAAAGGGCCGGGACCCCACCCAAGUCCCGCCUUACUCGACGCCAGAGCUGUGCACCGCCCGCGCCGCCCCGCCGACGCACUCCCAGCCUCAGAAAACCACGGCGCGCCUCGGCACCCAGCCUGCCCCACGCCCCACGAUGGCGCCGCGCCGCCCCCGGUUGCCCCGCGCCGACCCACACCUGCAGGAGUGGUCGCGUGGUCUGCUGAGAGACUUCCAGCGGCUGGUGGACCAGGAGUUGCGCGCCCUCGGUGGAGCAGCUUCCGAGACCACCAACGGGACCUUAGACGCCUCCACUCCGGACGGUGGCGCUGAAGAAGAAAAGUCUGAGAGUGAAAGUGGAGACGAGGAGGCGUGGGGCAGGGAUGAGAGCCUGACGGGGCGGCCAGUGAGGCGGGCCCGCUGCCCAAGACAUGGGCGCCACACAGAGCAAUGAACGCGGGCCUCCGUGGGUUGGGAGACGCCAAGACCUACACGCUGCCACGGACAGGCGGCCGCCGCAGUGUGAGCGUGAGUGGUGCGGCGCACGUGGUGUACCCGCACCUCCACGGGCCACCCUGACGCCCCUGACCCCGGGGUGUCGCCUGCUGCGGGUCAAUCCCCGACUGUCCCGCUCACACUCCCUGGACGAGGUGUGUCCCCUCAGCCCCUGGGCCAUACACCACCUGGCCCUCAUCGACGCCCGCCCACGCUGCCAAGACUCCCACGUCUACCCACACCAGCAGCAACAAAGCCAGCGAACCCACGGCAAUGAAAGUCACCAUGCUCGAGGCUCCACCCUCUGCCCCCGUCUCUCGAGCAGUGCGGUCCGGGAUUGCAAGGAAGACAGGCCGCCCAGAAAUGUUCAACGAACAAUGGGCGACCACCGACCAAUGGCUGGCAGGAGCCUCCCGCAUCUCCCACGGGGCCGCCGCCUCCCAGCCCGGCCAUAACCCAUCUUCACCUCCGGAGUGUCUGCAUUCACGCCUGAGGACCUGCGAAAAGGCGUGUGUGAGUCGUGGGGCGUGGGCAGACCAGGAUGAUGCAUGCAGCUUGACAGACCGCCCAUGUGACUCAGUGGAGUGCGCGCACUGCCGGGCGAAGGUCGGCAACAAACUCCCCGCGCCCACCCCGCCUGGAGGUGGAACCCUACCACCCUGAUGAUAGUCUGUCUGAUGAUCCGACGCAAGAGAACGAAGAGCGACACCGUCAGGAGAGGCGCAGCGAAACCUGCUCUGGCAGGCACCCACGGCCCCAGAGCCUGUGGACAGCCGCCGCCACACUCUGCCUGUCCCCCCGCACUGGCGGGGUGUCGCGGCUCACCGUACCGCCCCCUGUGUUCUGCGCCUCUUCGUGGGAGACUCUGCCGCCUGCGGACGAACUGGAGGUUGAACUAGAAGAAAAGACCAUCACGGAAGCACUAUCGCUGCCACCCGUGCCCUCAGCACCCCCCUGCCCCCAACAGCCCCACCUCCUCGCACUCCCUCAACUCGUCCCUCUCGUCACUGUCGCACAUCAGCGUGCACCGCGACCACUCUGAGUGUGACUCGUGGCCCUCAUCCCCUGCUGCCGAUCCCGUUCGCUGCACCGAGUUGCCCUUCCUUCCUGGCUUUACGCCUUCCCCUGUCCCUCCCGUGUUGCCCUCCCCGCUCGCAAGCCCCCAACUGUGCCGCUGCGAGAGCCAGCCGACCCGCGGCUGUUCCUGAACCACCGCCUCCCAUCACCGGCACGCUGGCACGUGGAGCCACCCAGCCCUCAAGGGACCGCCGGGGACAUUGUCUUCUCUGUCACAAUCCCACCCACGCCCCCCAGCCCCAAAGACACUGCCCACAUGGGAGUAUCAAAUAACAGCAGCGGCGCAGGCCACGCUCGCGAUGCCCCUGACGACGUGCCCGACGCGCCGAGAACCCCUCGUCGCGGAGCACCCCGCCGUGAACGGCCUGGACGGCACCCCCCGCCCCCGUAGAGGAGAGCCGGAAGCCGACACCACGACGGCCCGCGGCGCCAACCAGACAACGCAGCUUCUCCCCUGGACGAGAGCCGGGCCGCGUCUCGACCACGCCCGCGGACUCAAAACACCCAGAUACAGACGAUCCCUGCGGAGCCCAUAGACGACUUCCUCCGGGCAGUAGAGUCUCGUAUCCCUCGGAACAGCCUGCCAAUCUCCCCUCCCCCGCCUAUACCCCUCGUUUCGCCGCCCUCUACGCCCGCCUCCACGCCCUCCACCCAAGACGGUCCCUCCCCGCCCACUGUCGUGCUGGACGCCUUCACUCAAACGUCCCCCGCCCCCCUCGCCGCCUUCUGCCUCCCGUGCCUCCUCCGACGCCCUUCCUUAGCGAGUGUGGCUGUGACGACCACACCUUCCCUCGAACCCUGCCCCUCUCUCGCUCGCUCUCACAGUCUCGGAAGACGAUUACGACGAAGAUGACGACGAGGACGACGACGACGACUGGUCAGCAGACGAAUCAGUGUCGUCGUCUUCGCCGCCGCACACGCCCGCCUCGCUGCCUCACGAUGACUCUUCGCUGUCACUGUCCGAGUCAACUGGACACGCUGGGGCUGAA